AUAAAAUCGCAAUUCCCAAACAAAAUCAGAAUCGCAAAAAACCCUAAAAACAAAAUCCAUCAUCUACUAUUUCCCCCCUUUCUCACCCUCAAAACCCUAAAAACUCCAAAAAUGAAGUAUAACCCAAGAGUAACAAGUUCCCGGAGAAAGUGCCGGAAAUCACACUUCACAGCACCGUCAAACAUCCGCCGUACAAUCAUGAGUUCCCCACUUUCCAUUGACUUAAGAAGUAAGUACAAUGUCCGUUCUAUCCCUGUACGGAAAGACGACGAAGUUCAGGUGGUUCGUGGAACUUUCAAGGGACGCGAGGGUAAAAUUGUCCAAUGCUACCGUAAGAAAUGGGUCAUCCAUAUUGAACGGGUUACCCGGGAGAAAGUCAACGGGUCGACAGUCAACGUUGGAAUUCAUCCUUCGAAUGUUGUUGUAACUAAGUUAAAACUUGACAAAGAUAGGAAGGGUUUACUUGAGCGUAAGGCUGAGGGUCGUGGUAAUCAGAAGGGUAAAGGAAAAUUUACUGUUGAUGAUGUUGCUGCUUCUAAUUUAUCUCAGGGGGUUGAUUCAGGGUCUCCAUGAUGUCAAGCUAGAGUUCUGUGAGAGGAAGUAUAACCAUUUGGCAGAUCAAGAUAUGUAGAACUUCGGAUAUGGCUUGUAAUGUAGCUAGGGUUUUUCCCACCCCUAGUUAUUGUAGUUAGUUGAGGAUUGUAAUGAACUUUUUUAAGAUAUGAAAAAAGAAUUAGUAAGAUAUA